GUUUUUGUUUUUUAAAUCUUAAGAUACAAAAAUUAUGCGAAUGCAUUAUAAGAGUGUUGGAUGGCUGGGGAGAGGAUGCAAAGUUGUCAGAAAAAAAAAAUUAAAAAGCUUGUUGGUUUCUACGCAGUUUUCGGAGGCUAAUUGCCCUGAGUGGACUAAUGAACAGCAUAGUAGGUCUAAUUGGCUUACUGCACCACUUGUGGGCUGGCGUGCUGGGCGAGUAAAAUUGAAUCAAAGCUGUAGCACCACGUCAGACUAGUUAUGUGCGUUACGGUGGUAAUUGGCACAUGCAUUCUGAAAGGCGUGAAAUAUGGCAAUCGGCCAAAAGCUCGCUCUGAGCAAGCGCAUCCUUGAAUUGAAAAAUCAACAAUUAAUUUAAAAUAAUUUUAAUAAAGUUUAUAUAGUCGUCUGUGCACAUGUGGUCACGUUUCUUUUAAAUAUCCGCAGAAGAGAGAGGAUUUAUUCAAUACUUUCCCCUGGACUUCGUGCGUAAUUCCACCGUGCGUAAUUAAAACUAAUGUAUAUAAAUAAUUAUAACCCGUUCACAUAUGUACGUAUUUCUGUGUUUUUAGAAGCAACACCCUUUAUUAAUCCCCUUGUAACUUAACACUAACUCCAUAAGAUUACGGCAUGUUCGCUGCAUCCACUUGUAUCAUUGUUAUUCAUGUCUAUUUUUAACCGAACAAAAGAGAGACGCAGCGAUGGCAACAAUGUCCCGAAUAAUGCCCAAUUGGCCCAUUGUGUGAUUUGAAAGACAGACACGUGCAACACAACAUAGAUAAGGAGAGAGAGAGGGAGAGGGGAGGGGGCAGGAUAAGUGUGUGUGUGUGUAUGUAUAUAUAUAUAUAUGCUUGUGUGGGUGCGCGUGUGUAUGAGCGCGCUUAAAGAUAGCCUCUGGGGAUACUGGAGCAGCACACACCCCUCCAAGCCUGUUUAGAGGAACUCCCCUUUCAGCACCCUGGACAGAGGCAGCACUGACCGCCGGUGGUUUCAGUUGAAGUAAAGUUGCAAGGCUGCGGGCUCACAGUCCCACCGCAUCUCCAUCCAGCUCACCGGCGCGACAUCCAAAGAGCAGCUUGAUGAAGGUUCAAAGUUCCCGUUCUCGGUGGUUAGUCAAAGGAGAGAAGUCGACGGAAGUUGUUUUUGACAUUUUCCAGAAAUCGCCAGACCUCGUCUCGCUCUCGAGAGGAUAAAUCGUCCGGGAAGUGUGUGCGAAUCCACCGUGUGCGCUCGGUAGCUUGUUAGAUUUUAACAAGAAAAGAAAAAAAGAAAUCACAGGCGUGCGUGUUCUUGCGCUUCUUCCACUGGAGCAUCUUCAAAAUGCUGCUUGAGCACCCGGGGUCAAGUUGCCAAAACACGGGGAAUUUCUCCCGGUACAGUUCAGGCCAAGAAAUCCCAGUGUGUGCGGGCUGCAAUCAGCACAUCGUGGACCGCUUCAUUCUCAAAGUGCUGGAUCGCCACUGGCACAGCAAGUGCCUAAAAUGCAGCGACUGCCAGGCGCAACUGGCGGACAAGUGCUUCAGCAGGGGCGACAGCGUCUACUGCAAGGACGAUUUCUUCAAGAGAUUCGGGACCAAAUGCGCAGCCUGUCAGCAGGGGAUACCCCCCACCCAGGUGGUGAGGAGAGCGCAGGACUACGUCUACCACCUGCACUGUUUUGCCUGCAUCGUGUGCAAGAGGCAACUGGCCACAGGCGACGAGUACUAUCUGAUGGAGGACAGCAGGCUGGUCUGCAAGGCCGACUACGAGACCGCCAAACAGAGAGAAGCAGACUCGACUGCCAAGAGGCCACGAACGACCAUCACCGCUAAACAGCUGGAAACGCUGAAGAACGCCUACAAUAACUCUCCCAAACCGGCCCGCCACGUCCGGGAGCAGCUAUCGUCAGAGACGGGCCUGGAUAUGCGGGUUGUGCAGGUUUGGUUUCAGAACAGGCGAGCUAAAGAGAAAAGGCUGAAGAAAGACGCCGGGCGGCAGAGAUGGGGUCAGUACUUCCGCAAUAUGAAGAGGUCACGGGGAAGCUCCAAAUCCGAUAAGGACAGCAUCCAGGAGGAGGGCAUGGACAGUGACGCCGAGGUGUCCUUCACAGAUGAACCACCCAUGUCAGAGCUAGGUCACACCAACGGCAUUUACAGCAGCCUGAGCGAGUCCUCUCCAGCCAUGGGGGCGCGGCAAGGGGGCAACAACCACAGCUCCUUCCCCCUGGAGCACGGGGUCCUCCCCUCUCAAGACCAGUUCCACGACAUCCGCUCCAACAGCCCCUACGGCCUUCCGCAGUCGCCGGGGUCGCUCCAGGCUCUACCCAGACACCAGCCUCUCAUCUCCAGCCUCGUCUACCCUGACUCUGGCAUUUCGAUCAUGACCCAGGGCAGCGGACCUGGAAUCAACCCUGCCGUAAGGGUUUCCAUGGGGGCAACCAACGGCCCCAGCUCGGACCUGUCCACCGGCAGCAGCGGUGGAUACCCAGAUUUUCCCGCCAGUCCUGCCUCUUGGUUAGAUGAAGUAGACCAUGGGCAGUUUUGAUUGUUCAGCAAGAAGCUUUUUUUCUUUCUUUCUUUUCUGAUUUGCUUUUUGUGUCUUCAGUUGGAUCUUCAAAAACUGAAAAAUAGUCACACAGGACAGUGAUUAUGUAACGGAAGUAGACUGCCUGUGCUCGGAUCUCACCAAUAUCCGACUGGCAAACCCAUUCAGUAUUGGUAAUCUGGAUGGAAGUACGGAAGAAAAUGUCCCACGUUUAAAGCACUUGGCCUAAUAACCUG